ACCUUGGUCGCCUCUGUGGUUGACGGUGUUUGUGGACGGCUUACACCUCAACUACGAAAUGGCACUAUCAUCUCAGGAUAACCCCACGCUUCGUAUCGAUACCUCGGCGGUGGACGAAGACCCUUUCCGCUCCUCGACUGAGGGCCACCGUACUUCAUCGAGCCGUGUUCGCGCCCUUAGUGCCGUGAACGCGAUACCGUCACUCAGACUUUCAACCUCUCCUGUAGCAGAGAAGCCGCCGCUCUCACCCAUUCGUCCAUCAGCCUCAUUCUCGUCGCAAAAUGCUUCAGACGGGUCCCAGAAACUGCUCAACUACAUAUUCACCCAACUUCGCAAUAGGCCCAUGCCUCCGCCGUUGACCGAUGUCAUUUCUCCCUCAGCGGCACGGCCAAACAGGAAGAAGCCAUCUAUUAGCAAGAAUAUCGCUCACAAGCGAACCCUGACACUCACCAGUGAUCCAGAUAGUGAUGAGGAGGAUGAACUGAAUAUGGGUUUCUCCACGGACGCUACCAUCGAGCUUAUGGAAAAGCUGAGGGACGCUCUUUCAGUUGCUAUUGCACAGAAUGUUCAACUAUUCUACGAGAGUUCGUCCACCAGAAGAACUCCGCACCGUCAGGGUUCAGGCGGCGGUCGAUUGUCCACAUCACCCUUUCGAAGAAGACGACGAAGCAGCCUCACAUCUCCUGAACGUGGCUCACGAUCUUCUUCACCUUCGGAUGACACUCACUUCCAAGCUCCGGCGCUGUUGACGCAAUGUAUAGCCAUUUUGCAUUCGGUCAUCUCGGAAGAUUGUCGAUUCCAAACCACCAAACCGCGCCCCGGACGACCGCCGAAUACACUACAGGCUAUAACGCUUGACGUCGCUCAAUCGCUGAUCUACAUGCACAGCGAUUCCCCCAAGAUUCUGCACGAGAUUGGGUUCGCUCUGCUACCCGCGUUCUCCACCUUCCGAGUCGAAAUGCAUAUCUGGCUCCUCAAAUUUUUCGAGGAAGGUGUGCUGCGAGGGAUGUUAUAUCAGAUUCAGGACGUCCAAGGAGCCUUGGAGACGUCUUUCGACUAUCGUCAAGGGGACAAUGCCGAGACACCGCCCAUAGUUUCCAUUCAAGUUGAGGAACCUCAAGACGAUUCCGACCCCUCUCCCCGGACAGACAGUAGAUGGCGUCCUUGGACAUCACAAACGUCCGAAAAGGUUCAAGCGUUGAUAGCCUCAAACGCACCCGGCCAGAAACUCGCUCUGUACCAUCUAGCUUCUUUGAUACCACCGCUGCUGGCCGCCCUGGUGGAAAGCGUAGACCUCAAUUCAUCCCAUCUGGGGAUACUCCAUCGGUUCUACAGGUUAUUCCAGAUGAUUGUCGACCUCAAACCGGAUGCCUAUCUAGACGUCUUGCAGGUCAUCGCAUAUCACACCCCGAGAGCAAGACAAAUCGCGGUCAGCCUCCUUGCGUCCUACUGGCCUCGAGCGUUGGGCCACGUAGUCGUCAGCAAACCUUUACCCACUCUGACAUAUGCCGAAGCCGCCUCUGGUACGAAUAAUGCUCGCCACAAAGCUCAUCAUCCAUGGAACCAUCCAUACGCCCAUCAAUUCGUACCGUGGCGGUUUCUGUCAAACACUACGCCCGCUUUAUUUGACGGAUUCUCUUACCGAGAUUGUCGUUCAUGCUCGAAAAGCAUCACAGACUUCGGGCUGUUAUGUCCGUUUUGUAUGUGUGCUGUGCACUUCGACUGUUACGAUUAUCCUGAAGGCAGCCUGAUGUCGCAGUACACCAUGGAGUCUGACACUAGCGUCCAGAAAGUGGCCGUUCAUCGUUUUUGCCAUCUGACAUCGACAAGACGACAUAUGGACCCAGAGCUUGUCACGGGCCAGCGCCACAGUUUUAGACCUGUCAAUCUAUUCACGUUGUGCCUCUGUAUGCUCUGUCGCAAACCUCUUUGGGGAUGCAUGAUGCAGGGUCUCAAGUGCGAUAAUUGUAGGCAGUUUGCACAUGCAUCGUGUUUGUCCCACAGAGACCUUCCUCGAUGCCGCUCCGCCCCCCUCUCCUCUUCUUCGAUGGUCAUCUCGUGGCCUGACCUGCGAGAAUCAUUUGCGUCUUACUAUAGCGAUCUCUUGCUUUCGGAGACCGAGAUCAAACGACGUAGUUUCGAGGAAGCGUCAGUCUACGCUGACACGCUAUGGAUUCAGUCUCAGUUGCUGGAGAACGGUAUCGCGCUAGGUUCCAUCGUCAUUACCGGGGACGAUAAACCUCGUCGUGGCGAGGCCGACCCUCAGUCACUGUCGACUAGGUAUCAAUCCGUGCUGUCGAACGCUGACCUCUCUGUGUCGGAGGCCUUGGAUGAUUAUCUGCAAGAAAACAAACUUCGCCCCUCGCGCCAUUCGAUUCUGUACGACUGGUCGACACUCGUAUACAUCGCGUCCACGAUCAAGACCAACCACGAAGAGCUGAAACCCACGGUAGCCAGCUCUCCAGACCGACUGUUUGUACAACAGGCACCCCCUACGGCGGAUACACAGUCAACGCCAUCGCACCCUUACGAGGUCGUUUCUUUAGCACAUCUUCGAGAUGCCCUUGGCAUCGCCUUCCAGCUUCACGCAGACACUUCGGCUCGACUUCUUUUGUCUCACCUCCAUCACCUCGGCUUCUAUGAUCAUAUGGACGCACAUGCCUCGCUAUUCGAAGAUUUCGCCCAUCCCCAAACUUCACGAUGCGUGUUUCCGUUGCCUCUGGCUCUCGAUCUCUCGGUGGACGUCGAAACAUUGAUGUCCGCCAUCGAGUCCUGCUUGUCAGAUAUCGAUCUUUCCGUCAACGAGGCGGGCUUUCUACUCUUAGUGAGAAGGUGCUGGCCUAACGAGAUGGCCACUCCGUAUGCGCUUAAGAGGCUUGCUGGUGGCAUCGUAGCGUGGUUGUUUGCAGAAGAUGAUAAUCUCGAGACAAUCCUGCGAGACUUCGUUGCCCGAGGGAGGAGUCUUCCUGGUGUGCGGUCCGGAACGGACACUCAACCAUGGCCUUCAUCGGCCUCGCGUCCUUCCAACCGCGCCCAUGCAGUUAACAAUGGCGGCGAUUACGUGGCAUAUAGACGUACUUUGCUCAACAAAUAUGCUGCCCGGUGGAUGCUCGCUUUUCACGACCAGGAUACUCAGUUCUACUCACAGGCUGUGUAUGACUUGGUCAUCGAGCUGAGUGAAGACGAGAAUGUGAAGGACGAUGUUCUGGCGAAUCCCACAGCGGAUCAGAUGACCCGUAUCGCGUUCGCUGACAGAUGUUUGCGUCGUAUAACACGGCUCGUCCAAGCCGGCGUCGUCUUUACGGCCUUUGAUGAUCUUUUCAUGAAGUGGCUGGAAUCAGGCUCCGAACUUUGGAAUCUACAUAAGUCCAUCCCUUCGUUGCAGAAGCUUCUUCAACGCGAGCCUGCGGACCAGACUCAACGUAUGACUACUCUCCUGGACGUCGACACCAUGACUGUAGUCGAUGCCAAGCUGGCUGGAGUCGAUCCAUGGAACAUCGCCUUCAGAGGAGCCGCUCGCGGAGGAGAUGGCUUACGACAGUGUCUUCAACGUCUGAGCCUAUUUGCCUAUUCUUCUGUCGAGAUCCCGCCAUCGGUGUUUUUACAGUGUGCGACAGCGACGAACAAGUAUCGUUGUAGUGCGAGGGAGUCACUCCCUCUCGUGCAAGCAGUUUUGGCCUCUACGUGGGCAAGGUCGCUCGGGCGUCAGGGCUUGAUUGCUGUUAUCACAUCAUUACAUCUUCGCCUUGCACCAGACAUUUUGGCAUCGCUUUCAGUCGGUGAACAGCAGGAGGAGCUCAUCCUGCUCAUCCGAUACUCUCUCGCUACGUGUCUACUACUGGCGGGGUGCGAACGUCUAAACCUACAGAAGGCAGGUUUCGUCACCGAAGAGGAAGUAGAUAACCAGCUACCAACGCGUACUCGGAAGCAGGCCGUCAGAGCAUCUGCUGUCGACGACCCCAUCGACUUUGGCUCUCAAUUUACUUCUAUUUUGGGAGAAUAUGUCCAUACCCAAGUUGAAGAGAUUGGCGUCCUCGUCGCCAUGUUCAUGCAGCUCCUCUCCACGGAAUGCAGCCUCAUCGAGUCAUAUGAGGCGGACAACUAUAUUCUGCGAAAUUCCUCCGUAUCGAGCGCCUGCGCCUGGAGUUUUUAUGAGAUACAGCGCCAUGAGCUUUCAGAUAUUCGACCUAGUGUUCUCCUUCGGGUUCUAGUGAUUGAUCCACAGCCUUUUGAGUCGAUAUUGCAGGCGUCACUCAGACCUGAAGUACCCUGGGAGCAGCGAUUGCGAAGCCUCAAACGCUUGUUCCGUAUCAUCUUGGAUAUUACAAACCCAAAUUUCGACUUGGAAGACCGUCAGUGGAGAUCAAGCAUGAUUUGUGUGUUCUAUCACUUCUUUGCCUCCAUGUGGACAGAUCAACAGGAAGAAAAUCGAGUUUCUGUGGACACUUGGUCGCAGACGCUGCUACCUGCUCAUUUCGAGGCCAUGUCUCAAUGUUGGGACGAAGCUCUCACCAAGGCUCCAAUGGUAGAACGGAUAAAGCUCGUCGCGUUUCUCACACAGCUUCGGCCUUAUUUCCCAUCUUGGCCACUCAUAUCCUGGCGCACGAUCAUGGAAGCGUUACUUGAGGGUGAUUUUGUCCAAAAGUAUGGCGAGAACGGUGACAGUUUGGCUGCCACUCAUACCACAUCUAGCCGUGAUCUGACUACGCAAACUGAUAACGAGGUCUCCGCCAUCAGAGUCUCACUCGUGACGUUGAGCUUCAAGAUGCUCGCUGAUGGAAUUCCGGUCGAUUUGUUUACUCUAUUGAAACUCAAGAUGCAGGUUGCGCAAAUACUGGGCUUCGAGGAUGUGUCGUCAACUCCUUCUGGGGCGAACCACGGUUUCUUUGUCUCAUUUGGCAGUCUCGAUUCCGUACCCCUAUACGCCUACCCUUGCAUAGAAGAACUGCUCUUUGUCCUCGACGCCUCGCACCCCUACCUACUAUCUCCUUCUGCGAUCACCGGUGGAGUUUUCGCCGACGACAGUCCCCAGAAGCUCCUCAUAGGCUCCGUAUUCGUCGACGUUGUCUUAUCGCUUCUCGUCAAGGCGAAGGACAUAUUGACUAUGCCGUUCGUGACCGCCAAAAGUCUACUUCAGGCGUUUAUGAUUAUCGUAUACAAGCACGACAUGGAUAGUCGACCUUUGAGGCCUUUGCAGGGUGAGUUGAGGAAUGCUGCUCGUCACGUACUGGAUGUAGCUUCGGCGCCCGUCAGCUAUGAGCUUCGGCAGCUCGCCAUGUCUGCAACGCAAGCAUACAUCAAACGCUGGCGUCAUAUCGUUGGAAUCUUCGUACCGGAGGCAGUCGAGAGCACCGCACGCCUCAUCGCAGAUCUAGGAUGCGACAGGGAAGACGUCCUUUGCUCUCAAGCGAUAUCCUUCUUGCAGAAUAUCCUCUCCACGUUCUCCGAGCAUGCUCUAUUGAUCACAUUGUGCAGAAGGAGGCAAGAAAGUUCUUUCUGGCCUGUGCUACGUUUCGUCAUCGACUCGUCCUUCCAACAAUCGUUGAGUAUACGCGAAUCACUCCUUCGAGAUGCCCUUGCGCGCGCAUCAGAGGCGGACAUCGAGGCUAUAAAAAUCGCCGCAGAAGACCUGAACAAUUUCGUAGAGGUCGUUUUCCCGCAAGGAUAUAGCCCGGAGUUGAUGCAAUUUGUUGGGCUCUCUCUUACCACCAUUAUCCGCCGGACCGCGGAAUGGUCUGCCGACGCAUUCGACCCCAGUCCACUUCUACUCAUCGCAUCCACACUGAUUGUAAACAACAUUGCACAGAGCCGCGAACUUUUGACGUACCUGGAGACCAUCUUGCGUGCUGUUUGCGUUAGGUUUUACAUCUCACGUCAGAGCCUGACGCAAAUCCUCCAAGUUACCUAUGGCAUCUAUCGUCGGUCGAAGAGACAAAACUCUUCAGCAAAUAUUGACAAUGUCACCAUUGCCUGCUUGGAGAUAUUGUCUGAGGGGCUACGACGAAAGGCCAGACCGCCUGCGCAGACAAUCGGUGCACUCGCAGAAGCUAUGAUCUCUGUUUUCUCGUCUGGCUUUUCCGAGUAUGAUCUUGAGCUACGCAGUGCUCUCAUUCGACUAGCAGACGAUGGUUUAACAUACCUGGCUCAACAUUAUGUUCACGAGGGACACGCAGAAACAGACUUCCAUGCCUCAUUCUCGGUGGCGAAGUUGAUCAUGCAUGGCAUCAUACUUCUUCCUGACCUCAUCAAGCAGAGGCUCGAGGGGGACACACCGGAUAAAUUGCCCAAGCACUUUAUGUCCAUGCGAGGCUGGAAUAUCCUGGUCCUUGCUGCUGUUGAUAGCCCGUCCGCCAUUCCCGGAGAAGCCUUGAUGCAAUACUUCCCCUCGGCAUUUAUGGCCACCUACCAAGAAGUCUUGCGUCCUCUCAACGGGGCUCAGGAUACCGUCAAUGUCGCAGCCACAAUCAACCAAAUCUACGCAGCUUUCAGACUCUGGCUCUUACUGGAAAAGAAGCUCUCGAGGGCGGCUCAGCAAGAAAGUCUGAGGGCGGCAACGAGUGCGCCAGUCGUGGUCACGAAUACACGCGCGAAUAUGAUAUGGAAUGAGUUGUGGCCGCCCUAUCAUAAUCUGGUGACUUUGUAUGUACCGGAAGGCUUCAACUCACCGUUGGCGAGUGUGAUAUCGUCUUGCAUAGCGGACCUCUUCAUAUUUCUACGACAAUUACGGUCUUCGGUGAGCUUGGGGAUCGCAGCGCAAGCCGCCGCCCUGAACGCUUUCAAAAUACCAGGUCGCGCAGAGAUGCCUAAUAGCAAGCUGGCUCGUGCGCUUCGGAGUCUGACAGAACCUGCUCAAGAAUUACCGUUCGAGGUCUUAUUAGAGCAAACCACCAGCGACGUGAUAGCGGCGGAAAAGCUCCUAGCACUGGAACCGGUGGCGAAGCGGAGGGAGGCCAGGCCGAUGGGAGAUAGACGCCAGAGGGACUCACGGACAUUGAAUACACAGAACACAGGUUUCUAGAUUGUCCAUAGAUAUAACUUAUGGAUUCCGC